AUGGAAAGCCUUGUUGUGCUUGCUAAAUUACGGCUAAGGCCUAGUGGUGCUUGCAACAUUAGUUUAGUUCUUCUCCUCCUCCACUCUCCUUCCCAAGGUACUCUCCUCCUUCUUUCUUCCUCUUCUUCUCUCAAGUCCCAAAUUUUCCACUUCCUCUCUCCUCACUCACCAAAUCAACUCCCCUCCGAAAUCACCGCCGAUCUCUCCGCCUCCCAUCGCCACUCCCUUUACUCCUCCGGCCAAAUCUUUUUCUUCACUGCCAGAAUUCUCAUCGUCGACCUUUUGACCCAAAAGUUACCAACUUCUCAUAUCGCCGGUAUUGUCAUUCUCAACACCCAUGCCCUUUCUGAUUCCUCCACUGAAACUUUUAUUUGUAGAAUUGUCAAAUCCUUCAACAAGAAAGCCUAUAUCCGCGCCUUUUCUGAUAAACCCACUGCUAUGGUUUCUGGUUUUUCCAAGACUGAGAGGAUAAUGAAGAGUUUGUUCAUCAGGAAGCUUCAUUUGUGGCCCAGAUUUCAAGUGAAUGUGUCCGAGGAGCUGGAGAGGAACCCACCGGUGGUGGUGGAUAUAAGGGUGCCCAUGACUAAAUAUAUGGUGGGGAUACAGAAAGCUGUUCUGGAAGUCAUGGAUGCUUGUUUGAAGGAGAUGAGGAAGACUAAUAAGGUUGAUGUGGAGGAUCUGACGGUGGAGAAUGGCUUGUUCAAAUCGUUUGAUGAAAUUAUUAGGAGGCAACUGGAUCCCAUUUGGCAUAUCUUGGGGAAGAAGACCAGGCAGUUGGUUUCUGAUUUGAAGACUUUAAGGAAGUUGUUGGACUAUCUUGUUAGGUACGAUGCUGUCAGUUUUUUGAAGUAUUUGGAUACACUGAGGGUAUCAGAGAGUUUCCGGUCUGUUUGGAUAUUUUCAGAGUCCAGCUAUAAGAUAUUUGACUAUGCAAAGAAGCGUGUUUAUCGCUUUAUGAGGUCAGAUGGUGUAAAAUCGGAAGGGCAAAGUAAGAGCAUGACGGGGAAAAAGAGAAAAUUGAAGGGAGCUGAAAAUAAUGAAAACGAAGCAGAUUCUGGUACUUCAUCUUUGAGUACAAAUAAUGGGGUAGUUCUGGAGGAAGUUCUGGAGGAGGCACCAAAGUGGAAGGUGUUACGUGAGGUCCUUGAAGAGAUAGAAGAGGAAAGACAAAAGCGAGCUUCAUCAAAGGAAGAAGUUUUGCAUGAGGAUGAAGAAAGUGACCAUAGCAUUGUCCUGGUGGUGUGCAAAGAUGAACGCUCAUGCAUGCAGCUUGAAGAUUGCAUCAUGAAUGGCUCACAAAAGGUCAUGCGGGAAGAAUGGGAAAAAUAUUUGUUGAGCAAAGUAGAGCUGCGUACUGUGCAAAUAUCUAAUAAGAAAAAGAAACCAAAAGAGCCCAAAGGUUAUGGAAUUCUUGAUGGAGGUGUUCCUGUUACACCUGCGCAGAAUGCAGAAGCUAGCAGUGUAUGCAAACAGGAACAUGAUGCACUGUUGGCAGCAGCAUCUGAAAUAAGGAAUCAAGGUAUAAGUGAUGAUGUUUCUGGUGAUGAUCCUGAUACUCAGGUUGGCAGCAGAGGACACGGAAAAGGACGUGGAAAAGGAAAAAACAAAAAAGGCCCAGCAAAUGUUUGGCAGUCCAAAAAUGGAGUGAAUAAAAGUAACAACAAAACAGCAACAGAAGAAAAACCUGAAAUAUCUGGUUCAGGAAAUGAAGGCCAAGCAGAUGAAAGUCGGUCAGGGGCCACAAAUGGUUACUCUGAAGAUACAGUCAAGAGUGCAUUUGUUGGCAAAGGUGUUCUGCGGAAGCAUACUCAAAAGGUUGAUACUACAAGAUCCAAAGAUUCUAAGCAACUUCCACUGGUGCACUUUUAUGCACUAGAAAGCAGCCAGCCUGUACUUGAUGUUCUGAAACCCGCUGUAGUUGUUGUUUACCAUCCAGACAUGAGUUUUGUCAGAGAAAUUGAAGUCUACAAAGCUGAGAAUCCUUCAAUUAACUUGAAAGUUUAUUUUCUCUUCUAUGAAGAGUCCACUGAGGUCCAAAAAUUUGAAGCAAGCAUACGGAGGGAGAACAGUGCUUUUGAAUCAUUGAUCAGACAGAAAUCAUUGAUGAUGAUCCCAGUUGAUCAGGAUGGACACUGCCUGGGAUUGAGUUCUUCAUUAGAGGCACAAGCUACAUCUUCCCAAAAUGCAAUGACUAGAAAGGCAGGUGGAAGAAAGGAGGUUGAGAAAGAAAUGCAGGUUAUUGUGGACAUGAGAGAGUUCAUGAGUAGCCUUCCUAAUGUUCUUCACCAGAAGGGCAUGCGCGUUAUACCUGUGACUUUGGAAGUUGGGGAUUAUAUUCUGUCACCACUAAUAUGUGUAGAGAGGAAGAGUAUCCAAGAUCUAUUUACAAGCUUUACAUCUGGCCGCCUUUACCACCAAGUGGAAACAAUGGUGCGCUAUUACAGAAUACCUGUUCUUCUGAUUGAGUUUUCACAAGACAAAAGCUUUUCUUUUCAGUCUGCAAGUGAUAUUGGUGAUGAUGUGACACCACAUAAUAUCAUAUCCAAGUUGUCACUGCUUGUUCUACAUUUUCCUCGCUUACGAAUCAUUUGGUCUCGCGGUUUGCAUGCAACUGCUGAAAUAUUUGCUUCACUAAAAGCAAAUCAGGAUGAACCUGAUGAGGCAAAAGCAAUUAGAGUUGGUGUGCCGUCAGAAGAGGGUGUUGUGGAAAAUGAUGUGAGAGCUGAAAACUACAAUACAUCUGCUGUGGAGUUCCUAAGGCGACUCCCAGGUGUCACAGAUGCUAACUACAGGUCUAUAAUGGAUGGGUGUAAGAGCUUGGCGGAGCUCGCCCUUCUUCCGGCGGAGAGUCUUGGUGAACUAAUGGGUGGUCAGAAAGCUGCUCAGACUCUCAGAGACUUUCUGGAUGCCAAGUAUCCAACCCUGCUAUAGUGUGCUUAGUAGUCUCAAUUGAUCCUAGUUAGCAGAACCUAAUUUAUUCAUUUUAUUGUUGCACUAAUUUAUUAUGAGAAAUUCAUGUUUCAUUGUUGUUGGUGUAGAAUGGGCCAUUAAACCUAUCUUUGAUUUUCCAUUUGUAUUUUUUCGUCUGCAAUUGUAAUAUUUUAUUUGAGGGAUUAGUAUGCCAUUUAAUUGGGGUAUUUUUGUAUAAUAAAAGGUAAAAUUAGAAAUUGAAGGCACA